UUAAUUUAAUAAUACUGCGGAUACAUAUUUUCACUUGGUUUUCCUGGUCGGCUCCCUGCGAGCUCAUCUAUAUGUGACGGGAACCCAGGAAGAGGAUUGGAUUCUUUAUCAAAUUCAUUUUGUAGAAUCGAGUAGCAUCUUAGUAGCAUCGGAUUCCUUUAAAAUCAGCUGGCGGCGGUAAAGGGUUUGGGAGUCUAUAGUGGAGUAAAGGUUUGCGGAAACCAAUUGUUUAUGUCAAAAGUUUGUGACCAACUUGCACUAAGAAUGACUUGAGACGAUGCACAUUUCUGCCAUGGAUAACACGAUCGAAAACUGCCAAGAAAUAGAUGCGGAUGAAGUUCACUUUUUAGAGAGCAUAGGCAAGGGAUCAUUUGGUGUUGUGUACAAAGCACUGUGGAGAGGCCUUACAGUAGCAGUAAAGAAAGUAGAAACAGAGUCUGAGGUAAAUGCGUUUUGUAAUGAGGUGCAGCAGUUGGCUCGUGUUCAGCACGAGAAUAUCAUCUACCUAUACGGAGCCUGCACCUCUGACUUUCAGAAAUGUCUCAUCAUUGAAUAUGCUGAUGGGGGAUCCCUCUAUCAUUUGCUGCACAACUCCCCCAACACUGAGUAUAACCUGGCACAUGGAAUCUCCUGGUUGCUACAGUGUGCUAAGGCUGUAUCCUACCUCCAUGCCAUACAACCAAGACCUUUGUUACACAGGGACCUUAAACCUCCAAAUUUACUCUUGACGAAAGGAGCCAAGAUUCUCAAAGUAUGUGAUUUUGGAACUGCCUGUGAAUUAAGCACCAUUAUGUCAGAUAACCGGGGAUCUGCAGCAUGGAUGGCACCUGAAGUAUUUGAAGGUAAACUGUACACAGAAAAAUGCGAUGUAUAUAGUUGGGGCAUUAUUCUGUGGGAGGUGAUGACCCGUCGUGUACCAUUCGCAGAUCUUGGCUUAGCUGUUCGCAUUAUGUGGGCAGUUCACCAGAAGCAGCGACCACCAUUAGUAACUGGCUGUCCAAAGUUAUUAGAAAAUCUAAUGAAGCGAUGUUGGGACCACAAUCAAGCUCGAAGGCCUCGUAUGGAAGAGGUGGUGGAGAAAAUAUCUGUUGUCAUACGUUUCCUGAAAGGUGCUGACGAACCUAUAAAUAAUCCCCCAUCAGAUGACUCUAUCACAGAUUCGUACAUGUCUCCAUGUAUUGGUUCAAGUGCAGGUCACACCAGCCGAGACGUGAGUGAAUUAAGUUGCAGCACCAAUGACAUCACUUGUGAGCCUUGUGCCCAUAGGAAGAUUCAGUCCAAUAACAUUGGCCUCUCAACACUCCAUAAUGAGGAUGGUUCAAUAUGGGGCAGCUCAGGGAGUGAGGGAACCUAUCCUGUGAGGGACACAGGGGGUAGCUGCUCCCCACAAGCACCACCGCCACCUGCCAUAAGCCCCAAUGUGUCGAGUACUGUAGUGGUGACUGGAGAAGUAGGCUCUCCCUGGAGCACAGGACCCAAUGAUGACUUGGAGAAACACAUGCUACCACUGGCCAUUACAAUACCCAACGCAGAACCUCCUACUCGCUCUGAUAUCACUUUUGCCCCCUCACGUACCCCUACGGUUUCCCUGCAGCCGAGAUGCAACGUACCUGCACCUAUAGGCUCAAUAGGAGGCAUCAGUCCUUCUGCUGUCUCCAUGCAUCGGCACCUUACCCCCUCUGAUCCAAAUGCUCAUCUGCGGAGGCGCUCUGCGGAAGUGACUCCACAACCCACGUCUUACAGAGAAGGUGCACACCAUGGUCACCGGCGCUCGCUCUCCUCUGGUACCUCCGGGGUGGUGGUGGUGAAGCCUGGGGAAGGGGAAGAAGGGGGAUGGGUGAAGGGUUGUGGUGGUGUUGAGGUAGGGGACACGGCUGCUGCUGGUACUCCCCUUCCUCCCUCCCUCCCCCACUCCGUCAACCUCCACAUGCCGCAUUAUCAGAUAGAGCCCUCCAUGCGGGCAGCAGCUGGAGCAGCCUGCAGCAGCAGCAGCAGUAGUAGCAGCAGCAUUGGGCUGGAAACGGCCCUCCGCUACCCACACCAACCCUUCCUACCCACAUCCACACCCUCAUGGCUACCGUACCCGAUCUUCCCACCCGAGUUUGUUUGGGCAAGCUUGAGUGCCGUGUCCACGGGCAGACCAGCCCAAGUGGCCAAGGAGAGUGCCACUCCCUGUAGUGCCAGCAGCCACACCCCUCACAUGGGUCUGGACACCCGUGGGCGGCUCUCCACGCCCACCUGCACCACCAUAGCUCGCCCUACCUCUCUCUGCACCCACCCGGCCUGCCUCGCCGUCCACCGCCCGCCCACAAUGGUCAUGCUGGCCUGGACGGGCCGCCCGCGCCCCACUCAAACUUACACCCACGCCCUCACAGGUGGUGGUAGUCACAAUGGUGAUGGUGGAGGUGGUGGAGGAGGUGGGGUCACUGAGGGUAGCAGUGGUGCUGAUGAGGAAGAACUGGGACCUUUUUGGGACUUCCUUGACAAUGAAAUCCGGCCCAUUAAGCCUCUACCAUCAUGCCCGGAGUCACAAAAGAUCUUCUCUGAACACAAAGAGAUGGCACGAAAGUACUUAGUUUUACAACAAGAGAUCUUCAACUUGAGAAAGCGCAAGAGUGCGCUGGAGAACAAACUCUCACAAGCAGAGAAACUGGAGCAGCUGGGCAAUCAGCGGUACCAAGAUAAAAUCAGAGAACUGGAGAGCAAGAGGGAGAAUUUGCGUCAUACUCACAGCAGACUAAGACAGCAGUUGGAACAAAUUCGCACCCGACAGGAAGAACAACAGAAACAGCAGCAACAGCAGGAUGACGGCACUGAAGUGGACCUUGAUCAUCACCUCCCUUUACCUCCUCCAUGAUACUGUCAGCCUCUUGGACAUACCCAGUGCUGUGAUCUGUGGGAAAUUUAGGACAUUGCGAAUGAAUGCAUUAUAUGCAUCUUAAUAUUUCCUCUUCUAAGAUAGAGAACUGUCUAAUUCCUCUCAAGCUGUUGAUUUACCAUAGGUGCCAUAUGGCCUCCAUGGGCUUAGCCCUUCCCCCUGAUUAAAAUACCUUUACCAUAAUUAAUAUAUUUUUUAAUCAUGGGGAAGCACUAAACCUGUAGGAGUCAUACAGCAGUACCUGGGGAAUGGGAGAUAAAUCAGGCUUGGUUCAAGAAAAGGGAGAUAGCCAAUUCCUUGAAUCAAAAACCCAUUAGUAUCAGGGUAGCUUACUACAAAAGAACUGUGUAAGCCCUACAAUGAAACUAGGAGCAUAUAAGUGACCUUAAUAAACAUUUGGUGAAUUGACUGUAAUUGUCAAAUUAAAUGUGAAAAUCUAUUGAAUUCUGUUUUGCAGAUUUACAUAUGUGCUGUUCUUGGUAGUUAAAAGUAGGGGAAAAAUUACUGUUUGUAAAUUGCCAGCCUGUUAUACUAGAUGAAUGUAAUAUUCAUUUUAUUUGCAUCAUGCAUUUUUCUCUUGUUUACUGUUCCUCUAUUGCAGGGUUUAGAAAGCCCUGAGCCUUUAAAUCUUUUACAAUAACAAAGAAUAUCCAAUUAUGCCUUUCAUAGUUACAAAAAGCUAGUCUUAGAUUAUACAGUAUUGUGUUAACUUGUAUCAGUGAAAGGCUAAAAAAAAAAAAAAGACAGACAAACGAGAGAAAUAGCUUGUAUACUUUAACCUCCAGCUGA